GGUCCCUUGACGAUGGGUCUUGCAUGUGACACUCUUGCCCUCUAGUGCCUCACCAGCUUGGUAGCAGUUUGAUGGCAAAUAUUAAUAAGAUGUUACAUAACAAGGAUUUUGGGCCAGGAUUGGUAUUGCUGCCACUUGUAAAGCCAAAAAUUCUGAGCCGAUGGUAACAGAUGCUGUUUCGGGUUAUUGUAUGUCUAUUGAAACUUUCUCCAACAUUUUGAACUCUUUGAAUUUUAAUUCCAGACUGUAUUUCCUGUGAGUCAUAAUCAAGCAAUACAAAUGUGCUGCAAUGGUGACAUAAACUAUUGACUGAGACUGGGAAAGUACCUGAAACACCAUCUUUUCUUUUCUUUUUUAAAUGGUGCUUCUGUUGGAAGAGUCAAGGAAAACCUAUACAUCAUGAGUUUUAUCAUGAGGCUUCACAGACACUUUCAAAGGACGGUUAUUUUGCUUGCCACUUUUUGUGUGGUGAGCAUUAUUAUUUCUGCUUACUACCUGUACAGUGGCUACAAACAGGAAAAUGAACUCUCUGAAGUGGCUUCAGAAGUGGACUGCGGUGACCUCCAACACCUACCAUAUAGACUAAUGGAAGUGAAGGAAAUGAAGCUUUUUGAUGCCUCAAGGACAGACUCCAUAGUCCUUGUGUUUGUGGAGAGUCAGUACUCAUCCCUUGGUCAAGACAUCAUUAUGAUUCUAGAAUCAAGUAGAUUCCAAUAUCACAUUGAAAUUGCUACCGGAAAAGGAGAUCUCCCAGCACUUACAGACAAAACUAAAGGCAAAUAUGUUCUCAUUAUUUAUGAGAAUAUUUUAAAAUACAUAAAUAUGGACUCUUGGAAUCGAAGCCUUUUAGAUAAAUACUGUGUAGAGUAUGGUGUGGGUGUCAUUGGAUUCCAUAGAACUAAUGAGAAGAGUCUACAGAGCUUUCAGUUAAAAGGCUUCCCCUUUUCUAUAUAUGGAAACCUUGCAGUAAAAGACUGUUGUAUUAAUCCUCAUUCUCCCUUGCUCCGUGUGACCAAAUCAUCAAAGCUUGAAAGGGGUUCUUUACCUGGAACUGACUGGACGGUUUUUCAAAUUAAUCACUCAACCUACCAACCAGUAAUAUUUGCCAAAAUAAAGACCCCAGAAAAUCUUUCUCCUCCAGUCUCUAAAGGUGCUUUUUUUGCCACUAUCAUACACGACUUAGGUGUUCACGAUGGAAUUCAGAGAGUUCUUUUUGGCAACAACUUGAACUUUUGGCUGCACAAGCUCAUUUUCAUAGAUGCCAUCUCCUUCUUGUCAGGGAAGAAGCUGGAACUGUCCUUGGAUAGAUAUAUUCUCGUUGACAUUGAUGAUAUAUUUGUGGGAAAGGAGGGAACCCGAAUGAACACCAAUGAUGUUAAGGCCCUGCUUGAGACUCAGAAUCUUUUGCGGGAACAAAUCAGAAAUUUUACAUUCAACUUGGGAUUUUCAGGAAAAUUUUACCACACAGGAACUGAAGAGGAAGAUGAAGGGGAUGACUGUCUUUUGGGGUCUGUUGAUGAGUUCUGGUGGUUUCCUCAUAUGUGGAGUCAUAUGCAGCCCCAUCUCUUCCAUAAUGAGUCAUCUUUGGUGGAGCAGAUGAUUCUCAACAAAAAAUUUGCCUUGGAGCAUGGCAUUCCUACUGACAUGGGCUAUGCAGUGGCUCCUCAUCAUUCAGGUGUCUACCCUGUACAUGUACAGCUUUAUGAAGCCUGGAAGAAGGUUUGGAAUAUUAAAAUCACCAGCACUGAAGAAUAUCCACAUCUGAAACCAGCUAGAUAUCGGAGGGGCUUCAUCCACAAAAACAUCAUGGUUCUUCCAAGACAGACCUGUGGACUUUUCACUCAUACGAUUUUCUAUAAAGAAUAUCCAGGAGGUCCUAGAGAGCUGGAUAAGAGUAUCCAAGGAGGUGAACUUUUCUUCACUGUGGUACUCAACCCAAUCAGUAUUUUCAUGACUCAUUUGUCUAACUAUGGGAAUGACCGACUGGGAUUAUAUACAUUUGUUAAUCUGGCCAACUUCAUGCAGACCUGGACCAACCUGCGUCUUCAGACUCUGCCACCAGUGCAACUGGCUCACAAGUAUUUUGAACUCUUUCCUGAUCAGAAAGACCCUCUUUGGCAGAAUCCUUGUGAUGACAAACGCCACAGAGACAUAUGGUCUAAGGAAAAAACCUGUGAUCGCUUACCAAAAUUCUUAGUAAUAGGACCCCAGAAAACUGGUACCACUGCUUUGUUUCUGUUCCUGGUUAUGCAUCCUUCCAUCCUUAGUAACUCCCCCAGCCCAAAAACCUUUGAGGAGGUACAGUUCUUUAAUAGAAAUAACUACCACAGGGGGAUUGAUUGGUAUAUGGAUUUCUUCCCAAUUCCAUCUAAUGUUACUACUGACUUUCUGUUUGAGAAAAGUGCCAAUUAUUUCCACUCAGAAGAAGCUCCUAAAAGAGCUGCUUCCCUAGUCCCCAAAGCCAAGAUCAUCAGCAUUCUCAUUGACCCAUCAGACCGAGCAUACUCCUGGUACCAGCAUCAGCGAUCACAUGAAGACCCUGCAGCUCUGAAGUUUAGCUUCUACGAAGUAAUCUCAGCCGGGCCCCAUGCACCCACGGAGCUUAAAACCUUGCAGAAGAGAUGUUUGGUCCCUGGGUUGUAUGCCAGCCACAUUGAGAGAUGGCUUGUUUAUUUCCCUCCCUUUCAGUUGCUAAUUAUCGAUGGGCAACAACUAAGAACUGAUCCUGCUACAGUAAUGGAUGAAGUACAGAAGUUUCUAGGAGUCUCUCCUCAUUAUAAUUACUCAGAGGCUUUAACGUUUGAUUCUCAUAAAGGUUUCUGGUGUCAGUUGCUGGAAGAAGGUAAAACAAAAUGCCUUGGAAAGAGUAAAGGAAGAAAAUAUCCACCAAUGGAUUCUGAUAGCAGAGCAUUUCUGUCAAGCUACUAUCGGGAUCACAAUGUGGAACUCUCAAAGCUGCUACACAAAUUGGGGCAACCUCUCCCAUCUUGGUUGAGACAAGAACUGCAGAAAGUGAGAUAGCAUUGAGAGAAAACUUGCUGAGGAUUCAUCUUUUCCAAAGUUUUCAGAGGCUACCAAACGAUGAUCAAAAUAUACCUCUCCAAAUAAGAAGAAAGGACAAGGCUCCUUCCAUGUGCUGGCAUGUGGAUUAUUAGAAAAAAAAAAAAAAAAAAGGACAAGAAAAAUAUCUGUUACAACCCUUGAGGCCUAUGCCUACUGCUUAACGCUCAUCCGAGCCUAUGAGAUUGUCAUAGACUACUUACUGUGCACUCAUGUGUAAGUCAGUAGCAGCAAACAUAAAUAACAAACACAAAUGCAAAACUGUCCAUUUCAUAUUAAUAUUUACACUUUGAUAUGUCAACUAAGAUUGUGUCUACAGAUUUUUAGACCACUGUUUGCCUGUAAUUUUUUUUUAAUUCUUUGAUUCUAUGAGGCAUCCUUCAAAAUAAGAACCAAAAUAAACCUCACAAUAUAACAUAAAAUUCCAGAAGCAUAACACAUUAAAAAAAAACGCUUGUCAAAACUUAAAUCCACUGAAGUAUUUAGAAAGAAUUGUAAAUUGUAAUUUGUGCUAGAUCCGAGAGUGGAAAAGCUAUACAUGUGCUUUAUCUGCAUAAAAAAGAGAAGUACUGUAGCAAAAAAAGAAAAGUGAUUUGUCAUAUAUAUAGUCUAGUUCAUUUAUGUAAAAAUUACUAACUCUUCCAUUGUAAGGUAACUAUUAUACUGAAAUAUAUAUUGUAAACUUGUUGGAUGAUACGUAGAAACACACUGAGUACACCAAAAUAGUAAAUGAUAAUGUAAGUGUACUAAAUCCUCUAUAAAGGAGAAAGGAUAGGGGUCUAAAGAUAUAUCAUUGAGAACUCUAUACCCACUUGCCGUGUGCUACAAAUCUAUUCCAUCAGUCCUCUCUAGUUCUACAGAAAUGCAUGCAGAGUCUCUGAGAUAUGUGUCAUCUCUGGUAACAAACCAUCUUUUGAUAUAUAUAUAGCUUACCUAUAUGUUUCCCAGAGUAAAACCUAGCAAAUUAAAACUAAGGACAGCUUCCCUAGAUGAUACGUAUAGAUUGUUUACACUUAUAUUAUUACAAAGCUACAUUUUUCCUAUAGUCCAAAAUAAAAUUGUAUAAUGUCAGAUUUGUAAUAAAACAGAAAUUAAUAUUUGAUUUAUAAUCUGAUAUUUGAAAUGAUAAUUGUAAUACAAGGCAGAGAAAAAUAAGAAUAAAAUCCCAUUUUUAAAAUUAUUUGACAUAUCACUGUCACAGAAGAUAACAGAACACAGUUAAAUUUAUGGAUAGCUACAAAAUUAAAUGAAGAGAGUACAUAGAUGAGCAUCACAUGACUCUUGAAGUAUAUUUAUACUUACUUAAUGAAGUAUUUUAAAAAAGAAAAGAUUUAAAAUAAAUCAACUUAUUUUCUUGUAUUAAUAUUUACUUAAUUUUU